AUGAGUGAUUUAGGGUUUGAUCCUAGUUUGAAGAAGAAGAAGAAGACGAAGAAGCCUGAAGAUUCUUCGGCAACCGCCACAGAAUCUCCAGCACCUUCAAGUGACGUUGAUGACAUGUUUGCGGGUUUAAAGAAGAAGAAGAAGUCUAAGAAGGCAGUUGAUGAAUCGGCAACUAACGAAAAAGCCGACUCGCCAGUUCCAGAUGACUUGGAUGCAUCAUUAGGUGACCUUACAUUGAAAAAGAAGAAGAAGAAGGCUGUCAAGAGUCUGGAUGCCGCUGAUUUCGAACAACAAUUAGAACAAGCAGGGCUUGAAGAUAUAGCACCAACUUCAUCCAAGACUGAAAGCACUACUUCUGCCACCGAAGUUGUUGGUGGAUUACCAUACGAAGAUUUGUUAUCUCGUUUCUUUUCGAUCUUAAAGAAGAACAACCCCGAAUUGGCUGGAGACAAGAGUGGUCCAAAGUUUCGUAUUCCACCACCAGUUUGUCAAAGAGAAGGUUCCAAGAAGACCUUAUUUGCAAAUGUUCAAGAAAUUGCUACUGUUUUACAAAGAAACCCAGAACACUUGAUACAAUUUUUGUUCGCAGAAUUGGGUACAUCUGGGUCUAUUGAUGGUGAGAAGAGAUUGGUGCUAAAGGGUAAGUUCCAACCAAAACAGAUGGAAUCUGUUUUGAGAAGAUAUAUCAUAGAAUACGUCACUUGUAAGACUUGUAAGUCUAUGAAUACUGAAUUGAAGAGAGAAUCUGCUAAUAGAUUGCACUUCUUGAGCUGUAAUGCAUGUGGAUCCACCAGAUCAGUCUCUUCUAUUAAGACCGGUUUCCAAGCCCAAAUUGGUAGAAGAAAGAGAGUAUGA